AUGACCCUGAGCAGAAAGAUGUCUUGUUUUUUCUUUGCCUUUUUCUUCAUUUUGGCUCAAUUUUUAUCAGGGUGCCAAGCAGGACUUGAAUAUUCCCAGCCAUUUCCAGGAGGUGAGUUUGCUGUUUGUGAGCCGUGCUGGCUUGGCCGGGGCAAAUGCAGGAGGAUAUGCACCGAGGAUGAGAAGGUUGUUGGAAAUUGCAAGAUGAACUUUUUCUGUUGCCGACGGAGGAUCAGGUGA